GCGGCUGAGGCGGGGACGGGCGAUGCUCCGCCGCCGCGGCGGCUCCGCGCACGGCCGGCCCUAGAGGAGCGCACCCAGGGACGGCUCCGCGGCCGCCCGGCCGACAUCCUGCCUUGGCGCGAUGGCCACCGAGGUGCUGUGCGGGCUCACCUUCAGGCUGCUGCUGCCCGUGUGCCUGGCUGCCGCCUGUGCUUUCCGUUACAAUGGACUCUCCUUUGUCUACCUCAUCUACCUCCUGCUCAUUCCUUUGUUUUCAGAACCCACAAAAACAACGAUGCAAGGACAUACAGGACGAUUAUUAAAAUCUCUGUGUUUCACCAGUCUAUCAUUUCUGCUGCUGCACAUCAUCUUUCAGAUUACAAUAAACAGUCUUGAAGCUGGAAGAACUAUUGAACCUGGUUUUAACUGUUCCACAUGGGAGAAAACAUUACGGCAGAUUGGUUUUGAAAGUGUGAAAGGAGCAGAUGCCGGCAACGUGAUCAGACUAUUUGUACCAGACAUCGGGAUGUUCAUUGCGAGCCUGACCAUAUGGCUCCUCUGCCGCAACAUGGUUCAGAAGGCAAUAACUGAGGAUGCAGUGCAGUGCAACGCGCAAUUUGAAAAUGAGGAAAUGGCUGUAAGAGAAAAGUUAGAGCCAGAUGAUGCUUUGAUGUAUGAAGAAGACCUUGAUGAUGAAGACUGUGGCGAAGCAGAAUUCGAGGAAACGAUGAAAUUAAAACUGCUGCGUAGAAUUGCCUCCCUAGCAUCCAAACUGAGAGAGUUUAUUGGCAACAUGAUAAUCACCACUGGAAAAGUUGUUGUUACAAUUUUACUUGGUUCAGCAGGUAUGAUGGUGCCAUCCUUGACCUCAGCUGUAUAUUUCUUUGUAUUUUUGGGCCUGUGCACAUGGUGGUCCUGUUGCCAAGCAUUUGAUCCGCUGAUAUUCAGCUGUCUGUGCGUAUUAAUGGCUAUAUUCAGUGCAGGGCACUUGAUUGGACUUUAUCUGUACCAGUUGCAGUUCUUCCAGGAGGUUGUUCCACCAAAAGACUUCUAUGCCAGGUUGUUUGGUGUCACUUCACUUACACAGACAAAUUGCUCAAGCACUUGGAUGAUCAUCAAAAAUCAAGAGUUACACUGGUAUCACCAUGCAAAUCCAAUCUUACUGCUGGUGAUGUACUACACCCUUGCAACUCUGAUCCGCCUUUGGCUACAAGAGCCCAUUCAGAUACCUGAUGAAGAGAAAUCUGAGAGCAGAGAAGAUGACAAAGAAAUACCCUGCAGCCCAAUUCCAAUGACAGCAGAGAGAAGACGCAGUCUGUGGUAUGCAAGCCACUAUACAACUGAUGAGAGAAAACUUCUGUCAGUGACCCAAGAUGAAUACAAGCCAUCGGAUGUUCUGCUGGUUACAGUGAAUGGGAACCCUGCUGACUAUCACACCAUCCACCCCACACUGCCAUUAGAGAAUGGUCCGGCCAAAGCAGACAUGUACUCAACACCACAGUACAAAUGGGAACCUUCGGAUGACAUGUCAGAAAAGGAAGAGGAGGAGGGAGAAGAGGAGGAGGAAGAAGUUACUCAAGAGGAAAAAGAAAAUGUUAAAUUGCAUGCCCUGGUCUCUGUGUUCCAAUUUAUCAUGAAGCAAAGUUACAUUUGUGCUUUGAUAGCCAUGAUGGCAUGGAGUAUCACGUAUCACAGCUGGUUGACUUUUGUGCUAUUGAUCUGGUCUUGCACACUGUGGAUGAUUCGAGACCGAAGAAAAUAUGCUAUGAUCAGUUCACCAUUCAUGGUUUUCUAUGGAAAUUUACUGCUAAUAUUACAAUAUAUAUGGAGUAUUGAGCUCAAAAAUGAUGAGCUUCCUCAAGUAUCAGGUUUUUUGGAAAGAAAGGAACCUGGAGAGUUGGCAUCAAAGAUUCUUUUCACGAUUACUUUCUGGCUACUGCUUAGGCAACACCUCACUGAACAGAAAGCGCUUCAGCUAAAAGAAGCUACUUUAUCUGAGGUCAAAGUUGGAAGUGAAGAAGAUGAAGAAAAAGAAGAAGGAGAGUUGCAAGAGGGAGAAGUGGCAGAGGAAGAGGAGGAGGAGGAGGAGGAACAGGAAGAUGAUGAUGAGGAUGAACAGGAUAUUAUGAAAGUUCUGGGGAAGCUGGUGAUGGCUAUGUUCAUCAAGUACUGGAUUUACGUCUGUGGAGGCAUGUUCUUCUUUGUCAGCUUUGAGGGUAGAAUUGUGAUGUACAAAAUCAUCUAUAUGGUACUAUUCCUGUUCUGUGUGGCCCUCUAUCAGGUGCACUAUGAAUGGUGGAGAAGGAUUCUGAAGUACUUUUGGAUGUCAGUUGUUGUUUAUACAAUGUUGGUACUUAUCUUCAUCUACACAUACCAAUUUGAGUCAUUCCCUGGGUUGUGGAAGAACAUGACAGGCCUGGAUGAAAACAAACUAGCAGACCUUGGUUUAAAAAGAUUUUCUGUGGCUGAGCUAUUCACUCGCAUCUUUAUCCCCACCUCCUUCCUACUGGCGUGUAUCUUACACCUUCACUAUUUCCAUGACCGUUUCCUCCAGCUCACUGAUUUAAAAGCUGUAACCAGCAAACAGGACAAUACUAUUUACAGACUGGUGCAUCAAGAUGGAAGCCUUCCUGACAUAACUAUGAUGAAUUUAACAGCCAGCAGUGAAAAGGAAGAGGAUAAAAUGCUGAAAGAGGCUGGUGAGAAAAGAAUGGAAGAGCCAGAUGGGGAGGGAGGGAAAGGGAGGGCUGAAAAAGGAAAAGAAGAAGAAGAGGAAGAUGAGGAGAAGGAAGAUGAUGAUGUAGACGAUGAGUCAGAGGAAGAAGAAACUACAGACCUAAGAAACAAAUGGCAUCUGGUAAUCGACCGCCUUACGGUGCUGUUUUUGAAAUUCCUGGAGUACUUUCAUAAGAUGCAAGUCUUUGUGUGGUGGCUUUUGGAGCUGCAUAUCAUCAAAAUCGUCUCCUCUUACAUCAUCUGGGUCACAGUGAAAGAGGUGUCUCUGUUUAACUUUGUGUUUUUAAUUGCUUGGGCUCUUGCUUUGCCAUAUGCUCAGUUUCGCCCAUUGGCAUCAAGUAUCUGCACUGUUUGGACAUGUGUGAUUAUUGUCUGCAAAAUGUUGUACCAGCUCACAUCUAUUGAUCCCAGCACUUUUUCCAGUAACUGUACACUGCCUAGAGAGAAUGAAACAAAGGUCGAUUUAGAAGAACUCAAAACGUCAGUCCUCUACAGUGGUCCGGUUGAUCCUGCAGAAUGGGUUGGACUGAGAAAGUCUUAUCCCCUACUUUUGUACUUAAGGAAUAACUUACUGAUGCUGGCUAUUCUGGCUUUUGAAGUUACAAUUUACCGUCAUCAAGAGUACUACAGAUGUCGAAAUAACCUUACUGCACCUGUAACUAAAACUAUUUUCCAUGAUAUUACGAGAGCACAUCUGGAUGACGGACUGGUAAACUGUGUCAAGUAUUUCAUAAACUACUUCUUCUACAAGUUUGGUUUAGAGACCUGUUUUCUUCUAUCAGUGAAUGUAAUUGGUCAACGGAUGGAUUUUUAUGCCAUGAUUCAUGCCUUCUGGUUGAUUGCUGUAUUGUAUCGACGUAGAAGAAAAGCUAUUGCAGAGAUCUGGCCAAAGUAUUGCUGUUUUCUGGCAUGCAUCAUUACAUUCCAGUAUUUCCUUUGUAUUGGCAUUCCACCUGCUCCUUGUAAAGACUAUCCAUGGAGAAGUGGUAAUGCCAACUUCAACUCGAAUAUCAUAAAGUGGUUAUACUUUCCAGACUUCAUUGUGAGACCAAACCCUGUCUUCCUUGUCUAUGAUUUCAUGUUGCUGCUGUGUGCAUCCUUACAAAGGCAAACCUUCGAGGAUGAAAAUAAAGCUGCUGUGCGAAUCAUGGCUGGAGACAAUGUGGAAAUUUGUAUGAAUCUUGAAGCAGCAUCUUUUAGCCAGCAUAAUCCUGUUCCAGACUUCAUUCACUGCCGGUCCUACUUGGAUAUGUAUAAGGUGAUAAUCUUUAGUUACCUCUUCUGGUUUGUGCUUACCAUAAUCUUCAUAACGGGAACAACAAGGAUCAGCAUAUUCUGUAUGGGCUACUUGGUUGCCUGCUUUUAUUUCCUUCUCUUUGGUGGAGAUCUGCUGCUGAAACCCAUCAGGAGCAUCCUGCGUUACUGGGACUGGCUGAUUGCAUACAAUGUUUUUGUGAUCACCAUGAAGAACAUCCUCUCGAUAGGAGCAUGUGGCUACAUUGAGUCAUUAAUUCAGAAUAGUUGCUGGUUGAUUCAGGCAUUUAGCUUGGCUUGUACAGUUAAAGGCUACCGUAUCCCAACCAACAAUGCAGAUUGUAAACUGCCUAGUGGAGAAGCAGGAAUCAUCUGGGACAGUAUAUGUUUUGCCUUUCUGCUGCUGCAAAGAAGAGUCUUCAUGAGUUAUUACUUCCUUCAUGUGGUUGCAGAUAUAAAAGCUUCCCAGAUCCUAGCAUCAAGGGGUGCUGAGCUUUUCCAGGCUACAAUUGUUAAGGCUGUAAAGGCAAGAAUUGAAGAGGAAAAAAAAUCAAUGGACCAACUGAAAAGACAAAUGGAUCGCAUCAAAGCCAGGCAGCAAAAAUACAAAAAGGGUAAAGAGAGGAUGCUAAGCAUGACACAAGAUUCCACAGAUGGCCCUGAAAUUCGGAAGGUUUCGGAAGAAGAUGAUGAAGGAGAAGCAGACAAAGAGAAAGCCAAGGGCAAAAAAAAGCUGUGGUGGCGGCCUUGGGUUGAUCAUGCUUCCAUGGUCAGAAGUGGAAAUUAUUAUUUGUUUGAGACGGACAGUGAAGAGGAAGAGGAAGAAGAGAAAAAAGAAGAGGAAGAGCCUCGAAAAAAAUCUGCAUUUCAGUUUGUUUAUCAGGCCUGGAUUACUGAUCCUAAAACUGCACUACGACAGAGGCGCAAAGAAAAGAAAAGUUUUCAAAAAGAGGAGAAGCGAAGGCGUAAAGUAUAUGGGGAUGGAAGUACUGAUGCAGACUGCGAAGACAGUGAAGAAGAACCUGUCAAGAAGAAGUCUGAUGGCCCAGAUAACAUCAUCAAGAGGAUAUUUAAUAUUUUGAAGUUCACUUGGGUCCUUUUCCUGGCAACACUAGACAGUUUUACAGCUUGGCUUAAUUCCAUCUCAAGAGAACACAUCGAUAUCUCUACCGUGCUGAGAAUCGAGCGUUGUAUGCUGACCAGGGAGAUUAAGAAGGGAAACGUUCCUACCCGGGAGAGCAUCCAUAUGUAUUACCAGAACCAUAUGAUGAAACUUUCUAAGGAGUCAGGACUGGACUCAAUUGAUAAAAAUCCUGGGCAAGUUUCUGGUUUGCAAACAUCUGAAAGAAUGGAUAGUUUAGAUUCAGCAGCUUCUCGUGACAGUAUCUCCAGUGAGCCUACACAGGUCACCAUGCUCUAUUCUCGUCAGGGGACUACAGAAACCAUUGAGGAGGUAGAAGGAGAGCAUGAAGAGGAAGGAGCCCAUUCUGCUUCAAGGCAGGAUGAGGAAGAGGUGGAAGAUUAUAGCCUGGGUUCAGAAGGAGCUGCGUAUACUCCUGAUACCGAUGUGCCAUUGUACUCCACAGUGGACAGCAAUGCAGAAGCGCCGCCUUCCUAUAGCAAAGCUGUCAGCUUUGAACACCUUCCUUUUGGCUCCCCAGAUGACUCAGCUGGAAAGAGUCUCAUGAUGGUGAGCCCAGAUGACAGUCGGACAGACAGACUUAAUGAUGCAAUUCUCCCUCCAUUGACGCACGAGCUAACGGCUAGUGAGCUGCUUCUGAACAAGAUGUUUCAUGAUGAUGAGCUAGAGGAAUCAGAGAAAUUCUAUGUUGGUCAGCCUCGAGUCUUGCUUCUUAUUUAUGCCCUGUACAAUACUCUGGUGGCCCGAUCAGAAAUGGUGUGCUAUUUUGUGAUCAUCCUUAACCACAUGAUCUCUGCCUCCAUGAUAACACUGGUGCUGCCCAUCCUUAUCUUCCUUUGGGCCAUGCUGUCUGUCCCUCGACCAAGCAAACGUUUCUGGAUGACUGCCAUUGUCUACACUGAGGUAGCCAUUGUCAUCAAGUACUUUUUCCAGUUUGGCUUCUUUCCUUGGAAUAAAUAUGUGGAUUACACAAAAGAUAAACCUUAUCAUCCACCCAAUAUCAUUGGCAUUGAGAAGAAAGAGGGCUACGUACACUAUGAUCUUGUUCAGCUCCUUGCUUUAUUUUUCCACAGAUCCAUUUUAAAGUGCCAUGGAUUGUGGGAUGAAGAUGAUAAAGGGGACAACUCAAGUAAUAAAGGAGAUACUGAUGAUGAGCUUUCUCUGCCAGGAGGCAGGAGAGACUCUUCUGGGUCUCUGAAGUCCGUCAAUCUUGCAGCAUCAGUGGAGUCCAUCCAUGUCCACUUCCCCGAGCAACAGACAGCAAUCAGGAGGAAGAGCUCCAGCAGUGCAUCACAGCUUUCUCACAGAUCCAGCUUCUCCUCACACAGAUCUAAGAGAGGAAGUACCAGUACAAGAAACAGCAGUCAGAAAGGAAGCAGUGUGCUAAGCAUCAAGCAAAAAUCUAGGAAAGAACUUCUUAUGGAAAAGUUUCGAGAACAAAUGAUCAAAGCCAAGGCCUUUACAAUUAAAAAGACUCUCCAGGUGUACGUGCCCAUCAGACAAUUUUUCUACAAUCUUAUUCAUCCAGACUACAGUGCAGUGACUGACGUGUAUGUGCUGAUGUUCCUCGCAGAUACAGUGGACUUUAUCAUCAUUGUCUUUGGAUUUUGGGCUUUCGGGAAACACUCUGCAGCAGCAGAUAUUACCUCUUCAUUAUCAGAGGACCAGGUUCCAGAGGCGUUUUUGGUGAUGGUGCUCAUUCAGUUUGGUACCAUGGUGGUAGACCGAGCGCUCUACCUCAAAAAGACUGUCAUGGGAAAGGUCAUCUUCCAGGUCAUCCUUGUUUUUGGGAUUCAUUUCUGGAUGUUCUUUAUCUUGCCUGGAGUGACAGAAAGGAAAUUUAGCCAGAACACUGUUGCCCAGCUCUGGUAUUUUGUGAAAUGUGUUUAUUUUGGCUUAUCAGCAUAUCAGAUACGCUGCGGAUAUCCAACUCGUGUUCUUGGCAACUUCCUCACAAAAAGUUAUAACUAUGUGAACCUGUUCUUAUUUCAAGGAUUCCGCCUGGUUCCAUUUUUGACUGAGCUGAGAGCAGUAAUGGACUGGGUUUGGACAGAUACCACUCUCAGUCUUUCCAGCUGGAUCUGUGUUGAAGAUAUCUAUGCUCAUAUAUUCAUCCUGAAGUGCUGGCGAGAGUCAGAAAAGAGAUAUCCCCAACCAAGAGGCCAGAAGAAAAAGAAAGUUGUGAAGUAUGGAAUGGGUGGCAUGAUUAUCGUCUUGCUGAUUUGUAUUGUCUGGUUCCCACUGCUCUUCAUGUCUUUAAUCAAAUCUGUUGCAGGCAUCACCAACAAGCCUCUAGAUGUAUCAAUCACAAUAACUCUAGGAGGUUAUCAGCCUAUUUUUACAAUGAGUGCUCAGCAGAGUCAGCUCAAGGAUUUGAAUCAGACUGGUUUCAGUGCGUUUCUGGGAAGCUAUAGGGGUAACACUGCUGCUUUGCAGUUUCUAGAGGGCUAUGGAAAAGAAGAUAUAACCCUCGCAGAUCUAGAAGGGAAUUCAAACUCCUUAUGGACCAUCAGCCCUCCAAGUAGAGAGAAAAUGAUACAGGGACUGCUGGAUUUUUCAGCUGAGUUCACUGUAGUUCUUUCAUGGAGCAUUCAAAGAAAUCUCACUCUUGGUGCCAAAGCAGAAAUAGCAUCAGAUAAACUUACCUUUGGCCUACCAGAGAAAACCAGAAGAGAUAUUGCUACAAUGAUGUCUGGAAAGCCAUUGGAAAAGGUAACAUUAGAGACAGUGUAUCCAUACUACAUCAAGGCUCCUAGUGAUUCUCUGGCAAAACCCAUAAAGCAGCUAUUGACAGACUGCAGAUGGGAAAAUAUUACAGUUUCCCUGGUCAAAAAUGUGUCUGAAGAGGGAGUUCGUGAGUGGUGGGUUUUGAAUCAGCUUGGGAAAAGAUACAAAACGUCUGAAGAGAGCCUUGAACUCUUCAUAUUCAGUGAUAAAGUCAGUCCACCAAGCCUUGGAUUCUUGGCUGGAUAUGGCAUCAUGGGACUAUACGCAUCAGUCGUCCUGGUGAUAGGGAAGUUCGUCCGUGAGUUUUUCAGUGGGAUCUCUCACUCCAUCAUGUUUGAAGAGCUACCCAAUGUAGACCGAAUCUUGAAGUUGUGUACUGACAUUUUCUUAGUACGAGAGACUGGAGAACUGGAACUAGAAGAAGAUCUGUAUGCCAAACUAAUCUUUCUGUAUCGCUCACCAGAGACUAUGAUCAAGUGGACUAGGGAAAAAACUAAUUGAUCUCUUUGGUGUCACGCUGCAAAUCAAGUUGAUUUCAUCUGAAUUUUAAAGAAAAGGAAAAGCACAAUAUUCUCUUAAGAGCUAAGCCUUUUAUAGUUAGGUAGCGAUCAUUUUUCACUGAAGGAGUCCUGGAAGCUACGGCCUUUGGAAUCCAUGCUGCCUUUCAAAUUAAGGAUGAACAGUGAAGAAGGUUGGAUGAUUUGCUGUUUUUAAUGUGCCACUCCUCUACAAUCUGGGGACUGCAUUGUAAUUUAAUCAGCAAAAAGUUUGCAUCCUUGUCUGGCUAAUUUCAUUUUCCAGACAGUAAUUACCCUCAAAGAGAAAAGAAAGGAGUGAACCCGCAAAUGACUCCAGAGGACCUUCCUAACCUUUUCUGGAGUCAUAUAGAUUGGAUUGUGCAAUAUGCUGUUGUACGUCACUGACUUUCAAGCUACAAGUAAUGAGACGGUGACUAGCCUUCAGGACACCCAAGACCCAGGGCCACAGUGGGAACUGAAGACAUUCUAGCCAUACCCGUUUGUAGAAAAGCAGAGGUUUUGAUGUACAAAGGACACCGUGGACAAACCUCUGCUAGCAAAAAGGAUACAAGUUACAAUCUCUUUAAAUGCCUUAUUUUAUUUGUACAGUCACAGAAAACAUUUCCACCAAACAUCAAUGACUCAGGAAAAAAAAAAACAGCAACUGAAACUUGACAUUUUGUCGAGGGUAACUAAUGGCUAGAAUAAUUAUGGUGAAAUAUUGGGAUGUUCUGCUAGGCCAUUUUCUUCAGAGUUACUGCUUUCCGUUAGAUGAGAAAAGAAAGUGAAUUCAAUGACCUAAGGAGCUACUUCAUUUCUUAUAAUCCUUUAAAAACUGAAUAGCGUGUGCUUCUCUCUGCUCCCCGUGACAUGCUUUUUCCCAUUUCGAUGACUUAAGGCAACCAUUGUUUUGCUGUUAGCCGAUACUCUUCUUCCAGUGUUUCAGGUAUAGAAAAAUGUUUACAUAUUCCAAGUCACAUUUUUACAUCUGAGACGGGUUGUUUUUUUUUAAGUUCCCAAAUAUAGACAUGCAUAUGAGCUUGAAAAGUGGCCUUUUUUUCUUAAAUUACUAUUAUUAGUGACACAGAUGGCUCAUUAGAGAUCAUUGUAGCAUGAAAAUUUACAUUUGCAAUGUAGAUUUCAUUCCAUGUUAAAAAAAAAUUAUCGAGAAAAACAAAAUCAUUGAGUGGGUAAGGUAUAUUAAAAGGGCAUACUGUGUAGUUUUGAUUCAGUAAUGACUUAAAAUAAAGCACAUGUUGCAAAGUCAUUUUAGAAGUAUUUUUUCCUCUGCCUUUUUACAUGAAAUGGGAAAAGUCUGACAUUCUUCUAACUCUGUGACAAAUAAAUCUCUUUCUUGUAGUUAGCUGGUAUUUAUUAUAUGAAUAAUUAGUUAAUCACCGGAAGGAAAAUAAUACAACAUAAUUUGCUGGCACAUUUUACUGCAGAAGUUCAUAAAACAGCACAGUUGAAUGAAGUUGCAACAUACUCUGCUCAGUGCUUCCAUGACAAAUGCUGUCACAUCCAUUCUAUACUGUGAAAACUAACAUUUUGGGCACCACGAAGUGCACAAAAUACAAGUCGCUUCAUCAUAUUGUAACAAUAAAAUCAUUUGGUGACUGGAACUCACUGGAAGACAACCUGAUUUCCUCUAAGUGUAAUGGAAAGCUGGCAGCAUUCCCUGGUGGAGAGUUUUGCUCCAUUUCUUCCAUAGAACCUGUGAAUGAAAAACAAAAUAUACAGGGCAGCCCUGACGUAGGAUCUGACAGAGACGCUUUGUGGUCAGAUGGAUCCUUAUCUGUGUGUUCAGUGAUUUUAAGGAGGCAACACUGGAAGAGAGGUGUGAAGGGUGUGAUGUGGUUCUAAAAGUACCAGUACCAGCAGCAGAACCAUACUGGCCAUAGUUGGACUUGGCUCACUUUCUGGCUCCCUCUCUUUAACAAACAGGCACUUACUUUCUGGUGAGAAAACUCCGCAGAAUCAGCUGUACAGUUAUUUGAGCUUUGCAGAAAUGUUCUGCCCUUUCUUUCAUGGAUCGAUCAAACUUUGAAAAUAAAAGUGUUCUUCUGUUGUGGGUUU